AUGACCGAACGAAAAUCAUUGGACGGUAUACCGGGAGAGUUCCGCAUGAAGAUUAAGCAAUAUUCGUCUUGUGAACCUACGGUGACACAUUUGCUGAAGUACAAUAUAUAUUUGAGCAGGAGGUCACCGACUGUGUUGGAAUUAAAAGGCAACAGCACAUUCUUGAUUCCAUUCGACGAUUCAAUAACCGUUAUUAGUGCUGCAGGACCGUCUUCGUCAGCAAACAAAAGACCUAUUACUACUAUUAAUGCCUCUACUAGUAGUAGCAAUAACGAUAAUUCUAAAAAAAGCAAGCGUAUGAAAAUAUCACGGUUAAGGAGCAUAUCAGAGGUUGGGGAUGAGUUGGCCUCAACGCUCAGGAAUUGUGUUCUGGAAUCUCCUAUUAAAUUCAAUCUGAAGUUGGAGGCGACCUAUAAUAUUCCACACCAGGAGAAUAGUGAAGAAAAUAGGUCGUUUAAAACUGGAGCAAAGGAGAUAUUCCAGGACACAAAUAUUGAGGACGAAAUUGACAAUGCAUUUCGAACAUUACUCACCGAGGAAGAAGAGUACACGGGGCGGGGUUUCAACUUUAUACCCAAAUUACACAAGCCGCACGGGCGAGAAGCACUCCUACAGCAUAAGAAAAUCUGUGGUGAGUACAAGCCUGUAUUACCAAUAAUGCCAGAGGAGGGUACAAAGUUGAAAUUCGAAGCAUGGCAAAAAACCCAAAAAGUUCCGUUUGCAAUUUAUGCCGAUUUUGAGAGCUUGCUGGUGAAGUCCGACAAAACUAUAGGCGCCAACACAGAGGUACUUCAUGAACAUGUCGCAAUGAGCUAUGCGUUCAUCGUUAAAGUAUCAGAUGAGGUACCUCAAGAACUGUUGGAUAUGUACAACAUUCGGAGGUCAAUAGUUUUGCACAGAGGCAGCAGGUUAUCGGAACCCGACGAAGUGGCGAAACGAUUUGUGGCUGACAUAAGCGAGGAGGCAAUGAAAAUUAGCGAGCUUUUAAAAAAUACUAAUGUGCCUUUAAUAAUGAGUGAACAAGAGGUUGCUGCUCAUACUGCGAACACAGCAUGUGAGUUUUGCAAGACGCAGUAUUCAGAGAACAACCUCAAAACAGCCGACCACGACCAUCUGACAGGGAAAUUUAGACGGACCCUAUGCAAUAAAUGCAACUUAAAGCUCGUGACAACAAAGUAUGUACCGUGUUUUAUGCAUAACAUGAGCGGUUAUGACGCUCAUUAUAUCAUCCGGCAAUUAGGAAAUGACAGCAAACGGAUAACGGUGAUACCAAACACGGAGGAGAAGUAUAUUUCGUUCUCAAAGUUCGUUACGAACACUUUCUCCGUCCGUUUUGUCGAUACUUUCCGUUUUAUGGCCGCAAGUUUAGCCUCCCUUUCGGAUAAUUUGCGCACAUCAAACAUAGGGUUGUUCCAUGAGACGGCAAAAGAGUUUGCUGGCUUCGAUAUUAAUUUGGUGACACGAAAAGGCGUUUAUCCAUACUCUUAUACUUCUGAUUGGGAUAAGUUGGAAGAAAGGAAACUCCCGGACAAAAAAGAGUUCUUUAAUGAUCUCAGCGAAUCCCACAUCAGUCAAGAAGACUAUGAUCAUGCAUUAAAAGUAUGGAAGCAGUUUCGUUGUCAAACACUGGGCGAGUAUUCGGAUGUAUACUUAAAAAUAGACACCCUAAUGCUCUGCGAUGUAUUCGAAGCGUUUAGGAACCUUUGUAUGCGUACAUACAACUUAGAUGCCGCUCACUACUUUACAAGCCCAGGUCUGAGCUUCGAUGCCAUGCUACUCUGCACAGGUGUCUCGUUGGAAUUACUCAGUGAUUAUGAGAUGAACCUUAUGUUUGAACGUGGUAUCCGUGGUGGAUUAACCCAGUCGACAUUAAAAUAUGCGAAAGCUAAUAACCCGAAAGCACCUAAUUACGACCCGAAGCUCCCAGACACAUGGAUAAUGUACCAAGAUGUUAACAACUUGUAUGGGUGGGCUUUAUCUCAAUUCAUGCCAUUUGGAGGCUUUAAAUGGGUGACAGAAGAUCCUAAUGAGACUCUUCAAAGACUAGAUGGUAUGGAUGAGCAUUCCUCAACAGGACUAGUUUUUGAGGUUGACAUCUCAUACCCGGAGAGCCUCCACGAUGCACAUAACGAGCUUCCAUUUUUGCCAGAAACUAAAUGCCCGCCCAAUUCAAGAGUGAAAAAGUUGUUAACAACUUUUGAAAAGAAAGAAAAUUAUGUAGUACAUUAUUUAAACUUGAAACAGGCGAUUGCUAAUGGGCUUCGGGUAGAAAAGGUGCAUAGGGUCUUAGAAUUCCAGCAGUCUGCGUGGUUAUCCGUGUAUAUAGAGCUUAAUACAAAAUUGCGACAGGGGGCGGCAAACGACUUCGAAAAAGAUUUUUUCAAGCUUAUGAAUAACUCUGUGUUUGAUUCUCUUGUUUACUUGGUGAAAACUAAAGAUUUCUACGCUGAGGUGACCGCACAUCCUGAGAUGUUAAAAUGGUUUGAUACUUCAAAUCUACCCUCUGAUCACCCUGCAUACUCUGUAGCAAAAAAGAAAAUCCCAGGGCUUUUUUCUGAUGAGACGAACGGUCUUACGGUUUAUGAAUUUAUCAGCCUUAGACCAAAGUCGUAUGCUUUCGAGAAAGAGACUUUAGUAACAUCAGUGUCCUCGGAAAAAAUUAGAGCCAAGGGGAUUAGAGGGCAUGUAGUAAAAAAUCAUUUAACCGUCUCAGAUUUCAAAAGCUGUCUGUUCGCCGUCGCUGAAUCAUCUGUCGCUGAUGGCAAAGCUCUAGCGGUGACAAAUGGAAAAGCGGUGACCGCAAACAUUCACUUGAGGGCAAUCGACUCAACCGUUAAGAAAAUAAAUUAUACAUCAUAUACUCCAUAUAGGGAGAACAUUUCAAUUCGAUCAUAUAAGCACGAAAUUAAAACGAUUAAAAACAUGAAGAUUACGCUAAACUGGCAUGAUGAUAAGCGAGUCAUUCUACCAGACCGCAUACAUACAUUGGCAAUCGGUCAUUACAAGUUAAUUGAACUUCAACAACAGCAACAACUUCAACAAAAUCAUAUGCAACCUGAUAAUGAGGAGGAGGAGGAGGAGGAGGAGGAGGAGGACAUAGCUAAUUAA